AUGAGUGUAGAUGUUUACAGGUGGAGACUGCUGUGGAAGGAAGUCUUCACCUGUGGGGAGGAGGCGAGGGAGUUGCCCAUGCCGGGCACUGCAUCACCAUCCCUGGCAGCACCCCUCAGCACUGAAAGCAACCUCUCAGCUCUAACCCCAUCUGGUCAGCUUCCAACCAUCCCACUUCCACAUCUUUUCUUUCCCCUGCUCUGGCUCCCAGGCCUGGGGAUGCUGGGGACCUCGGCUCCACCUUGCUGUGCCUGCACACCAGCCAUCACCAGCCGUCUCCAUCCACCUUCUCUUAUUGCUCCCUCUUAG